GCCUAAACGUCUUGGCUGUUUGGCGUCCGCUACGAAAACAUGCAAAAUCGGUCGUCGUGGUUUCUUUAAGUCGUUUAGCUUGUUCAUUAGCAUCAUUGCGCCCAGGGCAGAUGCCGCUGGAACCUUUCUUGAAUGCUUGUAUGAGAGACCGAAGUCAUCACAUGAGGAGAAAGAAGAAAUCAUGACACAACCCGAAUCGUAGCGACCUAAACCCAAGCGCGUGUCCGCGGCACUGUGGGAUAUCGCAAUAUCACUACGUCCCACAGCGAGAUGUACAGACCUGCUGUUUUUUGUACUGCCAUCAUAGUGGGUGUUUCGGGAACCCUUCUAUUCUCUGCCGGAUUUCUUCUCCAACGGCGUGUGAGCGAACAUCACAGCAGUUGUGCUGAUAUCAACGAAACGUUCUACAAAUCGACCGGCGUUGACUUGGGACUGAGCCCGACAGAAUGCUGGUACCCUGCACGCUUCAAGAAAGCUGUUGUUUUGCUCAUCGAUGCUCUUAAGUACGAGUUUGCCGUGUACGGACCUCCGUGGAACGACGCGGAAUACUAUCGCAAUAAGAUGACUAUCUUUUCUGAGCUUCUAAGUCAGAACAAGAGCAACGCUAUUUUGUUCAAGUUUGUGGCUGAUGCGCCGACUACAACGCUUCAGCGGCUUAAAGGAUUAAUGACGGGAAGUUUGCCCACUUUUAUAGAUGCAGGAUCCAAUUUCUAUCAAGCGAGCGUUCAAGAAGACAGUAUUGUGGAACAGCUGCAUAAAGUUGGGAAGCGCAUAGUGUUAAUGGGAGAUGAUACUUGGACGCAACUGUUUCCAAAGCGAUUUCAUAGGGAGUACGCUUAUCCAUCAUUUUACGUGAAGGACCUCCACACGGUGGACAAUGCUGUACUGGAACACCUUUAUCCAGAGCUCCACGAGCCCAACAAUUGGGACGUGCUCAUUGGCCACGUCUUGGGGGUGGACCAUUGUGGGCACUGGUUCGGCAGGGAUCACCCCAGCAUGGCUGCAAAACUUAGACAGAUGGACCAGGCAAUACGAAAUAUAACGAGUCUGCUGGGUCCUGAUACGUUGCUGGUGAUCAUGAGCGAUCAUGGCAUGACUGCGGACGGUGACCAUGGUGGUGACACAGAGGACGAGGUGGAAGCAAUGCUCUUCCUUUACAGCGUUACACCAUUCUUGCAGCAUCGCACCGUCACUGCUUUGCCUCCGGGAGAUGACACGGUGGAGCAAUUGGAUUUCGCAUCAACAUUUUCACUCCUUUUGGGUGUCCCCAUUCCUUACUCCAAUUUGGGAGGCUUCAUUGAACCUGUGGCCCCGAUUAGAAAUGUCCAAGAGGCAUUGCCACUGUGGAUUAAUGUGCAGCAGGUGGCACGCUACUUUGCCGAAAUGAAGACCCUAGGUGAUCCCAAGCACCAGUUAUCUCAGCUGCAGGCAUUAUGGGAUGCUUGCCUGUCCAAUGAAAAAGACUCGCUCGAUAAUUUUGUCGGUGCAGCCCGCACGUUCCUCAAAGUGUCUCGCACUACAGCACGCAAGGCCUGGACAACAUUUGACCUGCGCCUAAUGACAGGUGGACUGUUCGUGUCCUGCUUUUCCAUCCUGCUGAUGCUUGCGGCAGCAGGAUCAAGUUUCCGUCGGCUACAGCAUGAGAUGUGGGUGGGAACGGCUGCCUGCACUAUCUUCUGGGUGCUGGCCCCGUUUUCCAACAGCUACCUGAUUUAUGAGAACAAGGUGACACUGUUCUUGCUGCAAAGCAUGCUGGUGAUGUCGGCAGUGAGACGUUGGCGCCACGUUAGUCUACGAGGCCUCUUGGCGACACUGGCCAUACUGGCUGCAACCCGAUGUGCAUCUUUCUUUUGGCGGUGUCGCGAUGAACAUGCCGGCACUUGCGAUCCGGAUCCAUUGAUGGCACCUUUGGACACCAGUGGAAGUGAGGGGAUCAUGCGAGUUGUGGUGGGUGGUGCUACAAACUUGGCCGUUGCUGCCUGGUGUAGCGUGGGACAGGUGAUGACUCGGAAGGGCAAGCCUUCCACCCCAGGCCCGUUGUGGGGCUCCCUUCGAGCGGCACUUGUAGGAGCGGCCCUCAGCAUCUCCGCCUAUUGGCUGGUGCAACUGCGCCCCCCACAUGUACUCGAGAAGAUGCUUGGAUCUAAUCAGGAGUCUCUAGUGAAGGUGGCUCACCUGCUCUGUGGCUGCGUGCUAGUGGUGAUUAUGGCAUGUCCAACGAUGGUUCAGAGGAAAGCAUGGCGACUGAGUUUCCUUAUGGCCUCAGGAGCCCUAGGCCUGGUGAUCGGUUCUCUUGCGGGAGAGAGCUAUGCUCCAGCCCUAGGCAUCCUCGCUGCGGCAGCAGGGACCUACUUCAUGCUCCUGCAGAACCACGAAAAUUUAACACCUCCGUGGUGGCAUCUCAGUCUGUGCUGGCUCCUCUGGGGUCAGCUGGGCUUCUUCAGCACUGGCCACCAGGCCACUUUUGCUAGCAUCCAUUGGAAGUCGGCAAUGGUUGGGGCCACGAGUAGCCCCACCAUGCAGGGUGCAGCUGUACGCACCCUCAUCAACACCUUCUCAGGGCCACUGAUUGCUGCUUGGGGCCUGGCUCCUCUGGCAGCGUUGCACCACCAGUCCAAGGGUAUGCCCAAUUAUGUGCUCAAGGACCGUGCAUUUCAGUUCAUUGCACGUUACUGGUGUUACAUCCUGGCACAGUUAUGCAGCAGCAUGGCAGCCUGUUAUUUGCAUCGACGACACUUGAUGGUUUGGGCAAUCUUCGCACCACGCUAUAUGUUCCAAAUGACUUCAGCCCUCAUGUCUUUAGUUGGCACAUUAAUGGGCAUAGUCAUGUUCUUGAGGCUCACCUACGGAACACGGACCGUACAUUCCUGAUCAAAACUUUCUUACUUUUCGUAGAGCGAGCGUGAAGUUAGCAGUAUAAUGCCAGUCUGUGGCCUAUGGAGCCAAGGACAAAGAACACAUUGUCUAAGGUUUUUGAGAAUGUGAUCAAAGUACAGUUACAAAUAAAUAAUAGUUAUUG